AUGCGCUCUCAGUCUCUCGUGGCAGCUCUGGGCAUAGGGUCAGCAGCUCUAGCAUUACACGUCCAAUUUCCUGCCAACACUGCUGGAGAAACUUGCGUUCGACCAUCGGAUAUCAUCAACUUGAAUACACCUUCAUAUAGCCUCAGUUCAAACACUGAGCAAUGGAGGUUCGACGAAGGUCCUCCCGAGAACGCGACAGGGAACUUGAUCUUCGACACUGUCCAUUCAUUCCUGCAACACUGGCCAAAUACUCGGUAUCGUAAUGGACAUAAUAUAGUACCAGGAGUGAUUCCGAUGGGUACUCUGCUGUAUCACGGCGGGAACAGCGACGCAAUCCCCAGUGGGCCCGAGUGGAUCGCUACGGACCCGGAGCAUUCUAUCAUUUUCGCUCGUGGAAGGGAUGGAGGUGGCUGGCACCUUACGCUAGCAGCAACGCGACCUCUUAAAGUCUUGUACUUUGAUGGAAGUAGUGCGGCUAAGAUAUCCGAAGGUACGAUGGAUACGCAGGAUAUUUUAGCCUGGGGAGAAGUGCAACCCGAGCGAUUCUUUGAUGAAAGACAACGAAUAAGAGAUCUCUGUACGUGGGGCAAGGAGUUUGGAAUCGACGGUUUCGCGAGGAUGGAAAUGGACUUUGAAGUUAUGAUGUGUGAUUUUACGGCUGGUGUUGAAGUAGUAUCUUUCCUGCAUGUCCGAGUCUUACCACAGGACGGAAACCCAUACUUUCCUCACCUUCUUUCCCCCCCUGCGUUUGAUUCUGAUGCCGGGACGCGCCAAUUUGAAGUCAUGCACUCCGGCUCAUGGCACAAUCGCUACCCAGGAGAUUCUCGCAUUGUGCUCGACCUCACUGGUCUUAUCUCACUGUAUGAUGCUGCACUUGCGCCUUCUCUCAUCUCGGUUCGCGCGGGUAUUGAACGGUGGGACCACCGCGUGUUCGGAAUAUCAUCAGACGACAUAUCGCAGGUCAUGAGAAAGCUCACCGAAGCUGUCAGUCGACCAGAGCCUGUGGGCAGCGGCAUUGACUGGAAGACCCUUAUCCACGUCAUCGUCGAUCGAUAUGCGGAUCGACUCGAGUUGAUGCAGCACCUCCUCAAUUUCACGUCAUCAGACUCGCAAGAACUCUUUCAGCGAGUGAAGCUCGCACAAACACAGCUCAGUGUCAUGCUUACGCCGUAUCUAUUAGAUUCCACCAUUGUCCCCAGCGCAGGCACUCCAGGCGUAGAUGCAUCGCAGUGGGCGUCCCCAAUCUUCAGGCUAUGCGCCACAACACAUACUUCGAAGAUGAUAGAUCAUACUUCUUCAAUGACGCCUUCGGAACGCCUACUGCUGAAAGCCGUCGAGGAGACAACGAGAGAGAUCUGCCGUGUCACUACGAAAAUGUGGGCUCAUGGUGUCAUGAGCGGGCUCGACAGUCUUUUCCCCGUUAAUGCGGAACCUGAUACAACUCAAAUAAUGAAUUAUUGGAGACACGACAUCCAGAAGCUGAUGUCUUGGUUAGACUGGAGUGUGUGGGUCAAAUGCCGACCUGCCUGCGGCCCAGAGGAAAUGUGCUAUCUCCCUACUUGGCCUGUCAAUGCGCCCAGGCCAAGGCAUCCACGUCCACCUCCGCGGGACCCAUGGAACGCCACGGAUGCACCAGAACCAGAUCAUCUUGCUGAUCGAGUUGGACCCCCACCCGAAGGUCCGACGACGCCGACGGAGGAAUGGAGGAAGCCUCAACCGAAGUGCAUUAGGCGCGUCCAGCCAUACACAUUUUGA